AUGGCGCCCAACGCAGUGGACGACGAGAAGCCGGUGGUGCUUGUCACCGGCUGCGCCAAAGGCGGCAUCGGCUAUGAGUACUGCCAGGCCUUCUCCUCCCUCGGCUGCCGCGUUGUCGCCACAGACGUCCCCGACCGCGUCCCGGACCUCGCCGGCCUCGACGCCGACCAGCUCCCGCUCGACGUCACCUCCGACGACAGCGUGGCCGCUACCGUGGCGCGCGUGCUCGCCGACCACGGCCGCGUCGACGUGCUGGUCAACAACGCCGGCAUCGGCUGCACGGGCCCGCUCGCGGAGCUCCGCGGCGAGGCCGUGCGCCGCGCCAUGGACGUCAACUUCCUCGGGCAGCUCCGGACGGUGCGCGCCGUGGCGCCGCACAUGGCGUCACGGCGGUCGGGCCGCGUGGUGAACGUGGGCAGCGUGGUGGGCACCGCGGCGACGCCGUGGGCGGGGCCGUACUGCGCGUCCAAGGCGGCGGUGCACGCGGCGACGGACGCGCUGCGGCUGGAGCUGCGCCCGUUCGGGGUGCACGUGGUCAAGGUCGUCCCCGGCGCUGUGCGCUCCGGGCUGGGCCACGCCAACACGGCGCACCUCGCCGGGCAGGAGUGGCGGCUGUACGGGGAGUUCGCGGCGGCGAUCGCGGAGCGGGCGCGGGCGUCGCAGGCCGGGAGCGCGACCGACGCCGGCGUGUUCGCAAGGCACGUGGCGCGGCGGGUGAUGAGCCCCCGUCCUCCGCGGGAGAUCGUGUACGGGAGCAUGACGGCGCUGUUCGCCGCGCUGGCGGCGGCGCCGCUGUGGGCGCGCGACGCCUUCUUCGCCAACCGAUUCGGCCUCGCCAAGAUGAUGCGCUAG